AUGGGAUUUAGUAUUAGGAGACACACUGUGAAUAAAAGCAAGAAAGACAAAAUGACUAUUACGUCAAGGCGGUUUGUCUGUUCGAAAGCUGGAUCUCGGCAACCAGACAAGCGAGACAACAAUAUUACUAACCCCCGAGCUGAGACAAGAACAAGUUGCAAAGCACAGAUGGCCAUAUGUUUGGAUGGGGAUGAAAAAUAUAUGUGUCGUGAAUUUGUGGAGGAACAUAAUCAUGAUCUUCAUACUGAUUCAACAGUUCAUAUGAUGCGUUCACAGAGGCAUAUGUCAGACACACAUAUGUAUGAAAUUGAUUUGGCUGAUGACUUGGGCAUUAGACCUAGAUUCACAGUUGAGUUGAUGGGUAGGCAGGCUGGUGGGAUCGAGAACUUGAGCUGUACGACCCAAGAUGUUAGGAACUACCUCCGUACUAAAAGAAUGUGUUCCUUAUCAUAUGGUGAAGCAGUUCAGCUGGAUAGUGAAGAACAAAUAACUAAUAUAUUUUGGGCUGAUCCAAAGAUGAUCAUUGAUUACGCACACUUUGGAGAUGUAGUCAGCUUCGACACUACAUUUCACACCAACAGACAGUGUAGGCCGCUUGGGGUGUUUGUUGGAUUUAAUCAUCAUAGAGGAUGCACUGUAUUCGGGGCCACACUUUUAUAUGAUGAGACAGUGGAAUCUUUCAAGUGGUUGUUUGAGGUAUUUGCUGAGGCACAUGGUGGAAAGAAGCCUAUAACUAUCUUCACGGACCAAGAUGCUACUAUGACUAUAGCAUUAACAAACAUGUGGCCUCAGACAUGGCAUGGGUUGUGUACAUGA